AUGCAGACAUUCGCUACUAUAGGCAAUCGGGUUAUACUCUUGGCAACAGCACAAAUACGCAUCUUAAAUGGCUUUGGCGAUAUCGACUCGUGUCGAGCUCUAUGCGAUCCAGGCUCUCAGGUAAGUCUAAUGAGUACGCGAUAUUUUAAUCAACUGGCUCUGCGGAAGCAGAAAAGUGCAUUGCAAUUACAAGGCGUUGGCAGUGGCAAUCGUUCAUAUACUAAUGGCCGGGCAGUCUUGCGCAUAUUUUCGACUGUCAAUGCUUUAUUUGGCUUGGAUGUUGAAUUCUACAUCAUCAACAAAAUUACCUCAGCAAUCCCUGUGGCUCCAAUCAUGGAAAACUGUUGGCAGCAUUUACGCAAUUUGCCUUUGGCAGACCCGAAAUUUGGCGAAACUGGUGUUAUAGAUGCAUUGCUUGGCUCAGACGUAUGGGGCCAAUUGUUGGCAGAUGGCAUAGUUCGUGGCGAACUUGAUGAUCCUGUGGCACAAAAUACGCAAUUAGGCUGGGUUGUAUUCGGACCAGCCGAAGCAACCGUGCAUAAUUACAAGGCGGAACAAUCUAUGGCAUUGCGUGUGGAGGCGCCUGAUGAGCGAGUUGAUGACCUUCUACACAAGCUAUUUGAAUCCAAAGAAAUUGACAUGGCUAAAGGCGAUACACUAGCAGCAGUUGAUCUUUGCGAGUGCAUUUUCAUGAGCACACAUAAGCGUUUUGAUGAUGGCAGUUAUUGUGUACAAAUACCAUUUACACCUGAUGCUCCACCACUUGGCAAUUCACAUCAGAUGGCACUCAGGCAAUUUCACCAGUUGGAACGAAAAUUGGCAUCCAACUCAGAGCUGAGGCAAAGAUAUGUGGCUUUUAUGCGCGAAUACGAACAACUUGGUCACAUGCACCCUAUUCAGCAUCAUUCAGGCGACCCAUCUCAGAAACAUCCAACAUUCAAGUCAUAG